AUGGGAAACAACACGUCGUCGACGCGUAAGUCCGCUGCAGCUGUGCGGAAUAGCAGCGUACGCAAACUGUCCCAAUCGCAGAACAAUGCCCAUCAAAUUCUAGAGGAAGAGUUCAGCGAUUUGAUUCUUCACGAAGUCAAAAGACAGAAACAAGAACAGGCCUCGUCCAGUGGUCACCUGCACCUGGCCGACGACCUGGAGCCCAACAAGCACUUUACAAACGACUUGAUCGAGGACGAGUUUAAUGAGUUGAGUGAUGGCCUUCUAGGCACUGAUAAUGGAGAUGUCCAGCGAAACAUCAUUCCAACCAAUGAGGGUUCGGACUCGGAGCUGGAUGCACUGAACCGGCCCGGAUGGCGUCCCAAUGCUGUCCAGAACCAAAACCAGUACUACGUGAGGAAAGACCCUAGCGAGGUGAAUAGUAUAGCCAGCGGAUAUGAAGGUCUGGGUUACGAGGGACUGGGCAAUGAAGGUCUGGUUUUCGAGGGCCUGGAUGACGGCGAACGAAUGGAUGUUGAUACUCUGGAGAAGUCUUCGAAAACAGGGGCCAGUGCUAGUGAUUUGCUGAAAGUAGACUUCACGAAAUUGGCUGCACCAGCUGCCGCACGCUAUGGUUUCAGACCUCCACAGCGUCUUGGGGGUACGCAACUGCCUGCGUUCAGCCGUGCAGACUCCAUGCAAAGUGUCACCCUGGGAAGGUCUCUGACAAGAUCUCCUGCUCAUGACCCUUUGGGCCACAACUUCGCUGGCGAAUAUGGCAACCUGUCCUCGGGUAAGCUUGUUCCUGUGGAGAUCAAGUGGGUGAAUGCUGCCCGCGAGAACAUCAACAAGAUCUCCAUCAUCGGGUCUUUCUCUAAUUGGCGUGAUGUCAUCAAGCUCAAGCCGCUGGCGGCACAGCCCAACGAGUUCUCGGCCACCAUCAGUUUGCCCUUGGGUGUGCACAAGUUGCUCUAUAUCGUCAACAGCGAGUACAGGGUAUCUGAAUCUUUGCCUACGGCCACGGAUCAGGAAGGUAUCUUGUUCAAUUGGUUCGAAAUUUUGGACCCUCAAAGGCUCUUUAAUCACUCCCAGAAGAACCAGAGCCGUAAUGCUCUGACACCUUAUGACGCUAACAUCAUUCAGGUGGCUGGCCAGCAUGACACUUUUGUGAUUCAACAGAAGCUGAACCUGUUCCUAGCAAAGGUUUCCAAAGAGGCGAAGGAUACGGCCAAUUUUGAGCACGUUGAGCACAUCGAUGAGUCUGAUAAAUACGAGUCCUAUAAUGAGCGGCUCUCAUUCUUAAACGACCAUAGCCACACCGGUGCCUACGAGUACCUGAGCGAUAUUCCCGAAAUGUUUGUCAACUACGAUUACUUCAAAAACAAGGCACCCGACUACGAGUUGCCAGAGCCACCUCAGCUCCCAGCGCACCUCAACAAUGUGCUUUUGAAUAAGAUGCUUUCCAGCUCUAAUCAAGUGGCAAAAAGACCUGCCUUACGUCGUGCCGAUAGCUCUUACUAUGCUUCCAACGCGGAGGCCUUGCACCAACUGAUUCCCAACCACGUGAUUCUCAACCAUUUGAUGACCACGUCCAUUCGUAACGACGUGCUCACCGUGGCCUGUAUUACUCGUUAUUCGGGUAAAUUUGUUACGCAAAUCAUGCACCUGCCCGCUGAUACAGACAAGUCAUAG